AUGCAUACACGCUAUUUUUCAGGGGCUCUCAUUUUUUUGCGGACUUUAGAUUUAGCAGCAAACAGCAACGUUCAAGAUGCGUUUGUUAUUGCGGUGGAACAACAGGCAAGGGAAAGACUCGAAAGACUUUCUGCUCUCAAAAGAAUCAAGCCGGUCGACAUGACCAAACUUUCAAAGCAGCUCAAUCAAAUUCCAACCACUGAUCAUCAAAAAGAAAUAAACGGUUUUAUAGAAAAAUCUCCAAUAUACGUAACAUCAAUAAAUUCGGAAUAUAAAUCGAAUAAUAAUAAUAUUAGUAAUAAUAAUAAUAAUAAUAAUAAUAAUACGUCGUCGUUAAAAUCCGAUCGCGGUAGUAAAAUUACGAUUGAUGAAAACAACAAGGGUGAAAGGGGUUUAAACGAUAAAGGGAUCGUAUUAGAUAAUGAUAAUAAAUCCGAUGAUAUCGACGUUACGUCCGAAUUGGAACUCAAACAAGAUUUAAACGAUGAAAAAAAAUUAAAUAAAGUGUUUGAUAAUCAAACGCGAACUUGUAGUGGUGUCGGUAGUGUGAGUGACGUGAAUAGACAUUCGCCGUUUGAAAACGGUAGGACAGAAGUUCUCAUCGGUCAAGACGGGAAUUCGUUAUUAAGAACGACAAACACAACAAACACAACAAACACAACAACAACAGCCGUCGUGGAAAACAAUCGACUUUUAAUAGAAGAUCCAGACGUACAAUUGAGGUAA